AUUUGUCUUGGGAUAGACUGGAAUUGACGCGGCAAGUUCUAAUAAUAGCAUUCCUUCCUCAAAAGGUUCAGUGCUGUCCAACUGGUGAAACAUGCACCAGUACCCCUACAAAUUAAAGUGCUACAUGCUCACCUCACCUCAAACCCCUCUCUCUCUCUAACUUCUCGCAAUGUUCAAUGCCAUCUCCCUCUUCCUCCACCUCUCUCUCUCCUCUCUCAUCAUCACCACCCAAUCCACCACUCUCCCCUCAGAAAUUUCAGCUCUCCAAUCCUUCAAAUCCUCAAUCAAACCCUCCACCGUCCCCUCCUACUCCUGCUUAGCCUCCUGGAACUUCACCUCCGACCCAUGUUCUCUCCCUCACAUCACCCAUUUCACCUGCGGACUCACCUGUUCCAAAUCGUUCCGAGUCACCCAACUCACCCUCGACCCGGCGGGUUACUCAGGAACUCUCUCUCCCCUCAUCUCCAAACUCACCCAACUCACUAUUCUUGAUCUCGCCGACAACAACUUCUAUGGCCCAAUCCCUUCCUCUCUCUCCUCUCUCCACAGCCUCCAAACCCUUAUCCUCCGAUCCAACUCGUUCUCUAACUCAGUCCCACCCUCGAUUGCCAAUCUCAAAUCUCUGCAGUCCAUUGACUUUUCUCGGAAUUCUCUUUCUGGGUCUUUACCAAAUGGGAUGAACUUCAUGAUUAGCUUGAGAAGACUCGAUCUUAGCUUCAACAAACUCACUGGGUCACUCCCCAAAUUACCACCCAACUUAGUCGAACUCGCUGUAAAGUCCAAUUCUUUAUCUGGGCCUUUGUCUAAAUCGUCCUUCGACGGGUUGACUCAGUUAGAGGUGAUCGAACUCAGUGAAAACUGGCUCGCCGGAACACUGCAGCCCUGGUUCUUCUUCUUGCCUGCACUCCAACAGGUCAACCUGGCGAAUAACAGCUUGGCACGUGUCGAGAUCUGGCAGCCCACGAAGGUGAACAGCGAUCUCGUGGCCGUUGAUCUGAGUUUCAACAAGAUUGAAGGGAAUUUGCCGAUCAAUCUGUCGGGUUAUCCUCUGCUGUCGUCUAUGUCGCUGCGUUACAACCGGCUACGCGGACCAAUCCCGGGGGAGUUCAGCAAGAAGCAGUCACUGAGGAGGUUGUUCCUCGAUGGGAAUUUCCUAAAUGGGACACCGCCUGGGAAUUUCUUCUCCGGCGUGUCGUCAGUUUCCGGCAGUUUGGGGGACAAUUGUCUAAGCAGUUGUCCGGUUUCUUCGCAGCUUUGCUUGAAAUCACAGAAACCUACGUCCGUUUGCCGCCAAGCAUAUGGUGGGAAAUCUAGGUCUUAGUAUUGGACUGUCAGGUCGUGUUCUUAGUAUCUUGUGAGUGGAUCAGGUGCGGCGACUUGCAUGGGAAGGUUCUUGUGCUCGCUCGCAUAUGUGAGCGACGAGAACCGUCCGAUGCAAUGAAAAGGAUCUAAACUCGAUUUGUUAUAUAUAAUAAGUUUUGUCUUAGUAUUCCGUAUUCA